AUGACUGGUACCUCGCCUGUGGUUUCUGACUCCAAUCGAUCAGAAGUGUGCAGUAGAGGGGAUGUGGCUGCCGACAGACUUCCCCGCGGCGCUGCAGAACUAUGUGACAAAGGGAACAUGACUGCUAACACCUCCUCCCGUGUCCAGCCUGGGAGCAGCAUCACCCUCUCCUGCCAGCUGAAACCCCAGCACCACAUCAAGCAGUGCAGGAUAGCUAUUUUCUUUAACAGCUCUGAACUGACUAGCAGUUACGGCAGUUCAGUAAGCACCAGGUUUCUAGUCCACGCCUAUGGCAAGCACAUGUUUACUUGCAAAAUACUUUGUGAAUAUGGGAAAAAACUCAUUUGUGGAAUCGAUAUUGAGUCUGGAAAUCCCCCAGAUGAGCCAAAAAACGUGUCGUGUAUUCAGCAUGGGACCGACGGUCAUCCCGUCUGCACCUGGGAUAAAGGCAGGCUCACGUACAUCAACACUACGUAUGUAGUACAGCUAUCAAAUGGGACAGAUGUCUUAUGUACUUCAGAAGAAAGCCUGGAUACAAGGUUUGGUUCACUGGCGCUGAGCAAGCUGCACUUUGACUCUACUUACACCAUUGUGGUUGCUGCCUUCAACGAGCUAGGAAGUGCUUUUUCACAGCCGCUGGUGUUCAUGUUAAUAGACAUAGUGAAACCACAUCCUCCCAAGUUUUCAGUGGAAUUUGAGCAUUCUUCUGCCACCAACUGCACCCUUUCUUGGCACAACGAAGCACAAGUGCAGCAUUGCAGGCUGAGAUACCGUCCACUUACCAGGCAUGGCUGGAGCAUGGUUGAAAGCUUAAAUGGUGAAAAAUGCAGUCUUCAUGGUCUGGAGCCUUAUACAACCUACGAGUUCCAGCUCAGCUGUAAAAUCCACCCUAAGCGAGGACUGUGGAGUAACUGGAGCACGUACCAGAUCCGGACUCCAGAGGCAGUGCCAACGGGGCUCCUGGAUGUCUGGUACCGACAGCAGGACGUGGGCUCCCAGCAGCUGAACAUCUCUCUGUUUUGGAAGGCUUUGAGCAAAUCGGAGGCAAGAGGAAGAAUCCUGCAGUACACAGUGACCUUUGAAGCCCUGGACCAGGGGAGCCCCAUGGCAGAAGUACAUCUUACCAACCAAACCAGCUACGCCAGGGUCGUGCCAAGGGUAAACUACAAGAUAACAGUCACUGCUGAGAACUCAAGGGGGAGGUCCCCUCCCGCAUCCGUUGUGACAGACCUGGGCACCGCGGAUCUACCUCCUCCUCAGGAAGUCUCUGCCAUAGCCAUGGGAAACAGCAGCAUCCUCAUCAGCUGGAAGCCACCCAUCAGCUCCACUGCAUCCAUCACUGGAUAUAUAGUGGAGUGGUCAGACACACAGAGGAACACGCGCCUGAAGCCCCAUCCAGCAUGGGUAAAGCUGCCAACAUCCAACCUGUCUACAGUGAUAGCAGAGCACAUAAAAGACGAGGUGUGCUACCAGAUCAGUGUAUUUGCACUCUACCAGGGCAGAGCUGGACGGGCAGCAUCAGUUAAGGGAUACUCAAGUGCAAAAGCUCCAUCAGCUGGGCCCCAGAUGUACACAACACUGCAGGCAAACGGCAUCUUGGUUUCAUGGGAAGUAAUCCCUGCCCACCACCAAAGGGGCUGCAUCACUGGGUACCACAUUUACCUGCAGAAAAGUGACAGCCAGGUUGACCCACGUGUCUACGCCAUUUCCAGCAUGAGUGCCCAGUGCUCACUGUACAUCACAGACCUGCAGCCUGGGGAGCACUAUUCCUUGUGGAUGACAGCAUCAACGGCUGCAGGAGAGGGGCCCUGGGGCAACAGCGAGCUCAUCCGCUUGGAAAGUGCUGGGGACUGGAUGACUGUUGUGCUUACCUGCAGCAUCUUCAUCUUCUCAGCCUGCAUCUGUUCCGUGCCUCUGGCAAGAAAAGCAUUACACUCGCUCCUCACCACACUCAUACCGCAGUGGCAGAGCAAAGCCAUUCCAGACCCAGCUAAUGCCACAUGGGCCAAGAACUACAUGUGUAUGGAGGCUGAGCUGCGCUGGCCCUCCAGCCUGUUCCUGCCCAGCACCAGCAGCUUCGAAGAGCCUGACCCAACACAAGUAGAAGAAGCCUUUGUGAAACCCACCACCCUGGCCCUGCAGGACAAGGUCCUCUUCAGCAGCAGUGGCACCAAGGGACAUGGGGACUGGGUGCUGGAGAGCAGCCUGGGGCAGGAGGAGCCCAAGUACGAGCCUCUCACAGGCACAGCAGACGGGGAGCUGUGUGCGCAGCAGCUCCCCGACCUCUACAGGAGGAUCGUGGCAGAGGCCAUGGAGCACACACACAGUGUCCCCGAGUACAUUGCCAACCCCACCAGCAGCACAGCCCCCACGUACCUGCCCCUGGGAACAGGCACUGCUGAAGAUCACCCCGAACUCGAGUGCGACCCUCUCUCCAUGUUCCCAACAACCUGUUUAACACCCGUAUUUCCCUAUGAAGGGAAUCUUACCUUGGAUACGGUGAAGAUAAACUGCAGCUCGUUCACCAGGUAG